ACUCCUCGAGUCCCCUGCCAUUUGUGCUCCCUCCUGCGCCUUCUCUUCCUCCCACGAGGCCACAGCGUUGCUCCUUCCUUCCGUUCCUCUUCCUCCUCCAGCCCGGAUUCGGGCGACAAGGCCGAGAAAAAGAGAAGAGAGAACGAGAGAGAGAAAGCAAAUUGCAAGAGAGAGAUGACCAGUGAGGGAUAAAAGGGCAGCAAAAGGAGUGAGCACACAGCAAACGCAGACAGCAAAGCCCCUCUCUCCCCCCAUCCUCCUCCUUCAUCCUCUGCUCCCUUUCUCUCACCUCAAGACAUUUCGUCCCUCCUUCGUUUUCCUCGUCGUUCUCCUCCAGUACUCUUCUCAAGAACCAGUACAAGUAGCCGUAGCCCGUAGGAGUAGACCUCCCACUGUACCAGCAGUACUAGCCCCUGCAUCCUUCGUGCCUAGCGGCCGAGGCGGCGGGGACUAGCGAGGUGGUGGCUGCAUUACUCCGGCCGCAAGAAUCGUGAUCCUGCCAUCGGAAUCCCAUCCCGGUACGAGUUUGCGGCGGAGGCGGCCGAUUUGGGGGGCUAAUUCGGCACAAGAUUUGAGUCCCCCGGAUAAAAAUCCCUUCUUUCGGGGGUGAUCCGGUCCUGGAUUUGAGGCUUCUUGCUGCAGAGGUCGCUCCCAGCUCGGGGCUGGUGCCGCCGGAUAGGCAGACCCCUCUUUGUUUGCUGCGCCCCUGCAGAGGAGUUAUGAGACGAUGAGAGAAGAGAGCAGCAAGAAGGGCAAGCUUUCAUGGUCCAAGUCCCUCGUGAGGAAGUGGUUCAACAUCAGAAACAAGGCACAAGACUUCCAUGCCGAUCUCGAUGCCGGCCACCAAGGAAGGAAUCAUGGUGGUGGUGAAGCACGGAGGGUCAGCUUCUCAGCGAGCGAGGCAAGCACAAGCACAGCCAAGAAAAGCAGAAAUGACCGGUCAUCAAAGCGGAGCGGCGAUCGUUUCCGCCGAGGGAGGAAUGAUUUCGAUCCGGCACGCAUGACAGAGGUUCAAGAUUACAGAAUCUUUGCGGCGACAUGGAAUGUUGGUGGUAAGUCCCCACCGAGGGGGCUAAAUCUGGAUGAGUGGCUCCAUUCUUCUCCUCCUGCCGACAUCUAUGUUUUAGGAUUUCAGGAGAUUGUUCCUUUGAAUGCUGGAAACGUUCUCGGUACUGAAGAUAACAUUCCAGCAAAGAAGUGGGUAUCGCUCAUUAGGAGGACACUGAACAAAAAUCCUGGGGCCAGUGGUUAUGGUGGCUACCACACGCCAUCACCGGUCCUUGAUCCGGUUGUAGAAUUGGAUGCUGAUUUUGAGGGGUCUGCAAGAAGGCAGGAUAACUUUUCAUUAUUCCAUCGUCGAUCAUUCCACGAUCUCAGCCGUAGUUUGAGGAUGGAUGGAGACUUUAUGUCCCAGCAACCAAGAUUAGAUCGAAGGUUUAGUGUGUGUGACCCAGUCAACUUGGGGGGCAGACCAAGUGACUUUGAUGGAAAUUCACGAUGGAUUGGGUCACCAGAUGAUGAGAACAUUGACGAGGAAGUGAGCACCAGCGCACAAUUUUCACCGUUCCCAUAUACCUACAACAUGUCAGGGCCCACUGAAGAAAAUGACGGGCAAUCAAAUAACUCUAGGUAUUGUUUGGUUGCCAGCAAACAAAUGGUUGGUGUAUUUCUCACUGUUUGGGUACGCAGUGAAAUAAGGGAUGACGUGAGAAACUUGAAAGUUUCUUGUGUAGGUAGAGGACUCAUGGGCUAUCUUGGAAACAAGGGUUCUAUAUCAGUAAGCAUGUCUUUGCACCAGACCAGUUUCUGCUUCAUCUGUUGUCAUUUGACCUCAGGGGAAAAGGAAGGGGAUGAAUUGCGGAGGAAUUGCGAUGUUAUGGAAAUUUUGAGAAAGACCAGGUUUCCACGGGUUCACGGCACUGGAGAUGUGAAGUCACCUGAAACUAUUCUUGACCAUGAUCGUAUAAUAUGGCUUGGGGAUUUGAAUUAUCGGAUUGCAUUGUCCUAUUGUUCAGCAAAAGCUCUUGUCGAAAUGCAUAACUGGAAGCAAUUGCUAGAAAAAGAUCAGCUUCGGAUACAACGAAGAUAUGGGCGAGUUUUUCAGGGUUGGAAGGAAGGAAGGAUUUAUUUUCCUCCCACAUACAAGUAUUCCUUCAACUCAGAUCGGUAUGCUGGAGAGGGCAUGCAUUCCAAAGAAAAGAGGAGAACACCUGCAUGGUGCGAUCGCAUUCUCUGGUACGGCAAUGGCCUCAAUCAGCUAUCUUACGUUCGUGGAGAGUCUCGCUUCUCCGACCACAGACCAGUAUACAGUAUUUUCAUGGCAGAGGUUGAGAUUGUCCACCAGAGGAAGAGAAACAUGGGCUAUUUUAGCUCUAGGAUUGAGGUGGAAGAGCUGCUACCGCAUUCGCAGAGCUACAGAGGCAUAAACUUCUACUGAUUUGACUUAUUAGCAUGUUGUAAGGUUAGGAGGUUGGCCAAAAGUACUUUAUGUAUGGUUCAAGAUUCAGAGCCCACUAGAUUAUCAGAUAUACUCAAGCAAGAAUGUGCAAAUACUAACUUACAGGAUAUUGGGCAAUUUUGCAGGCAGCCAUUUUGUCAAAUGGAGAAGUACCAGCCCAUGUCACUAACUAUACUUGAGAUCCAACUUUAGCCUCUUAGUUUCUCUGAGCAAGAUAUUGCUUCCAGUUUUUUCUUCUUCUUUAGUUCUAUUUUGUUCAGACUGUCAAUAAACACCAUAUAUUAUUUUGUUUUUUCAUUUCCCCUUUGCAAGUUCUGUAAACAAACCAGUGUAUCCCAUGCAAGUUGUGCAAGAAUUAUUGCAAAACAUGAUGCCUGAACUUAGCUUUAGGAGAAGUGUUCCCGGCCUGAGGGAGGAAUGAUGAGUCUGAAGAGGCUUGCAUAGUUACAAUCAUGUGUACACCUUUCUCCUUCUGUUGUAGUGCUCGAGCAGUUAAGUGAGGCAUGCAUUUUUUUUGUACUCAUUACUGCUUUGACCAAAAAGCUUGGAUCCCUCCAUUAUGCUCCCAGGUUGAUUAAUUUGCCCUCUGUAAUGUUGCUUGAAA